CGUCGCGGCUUCCGUUUCACCGCUCCAUCCAUUCGGAGAGCUCACAAACGAAGACGACGGCGGUCAGUGGACUGCGUCUAUUCACGACAUCAUUGCGUGCAGCCUCUCUUCGUCUUAUCCACCACCUGCACGCGCGGCCACUGAAGAGCCGCUUCUCACAUCAUCAUCAUCAUGUCGGGCGGGCCGCCUCUGCCGCCCAAGGGAGGUGCUCCUGCUGCCUCGAUGUACUCUUACGAGGGAAAUGGGCGACAUCAUCCAGCCUACCCGCAAUAUCACAAUCGACAUCCAAGUGGUAGUGCUGCGACAGCGUCUCCGGCCUUCAGCGCUUCAUCGGCAUCGGCAUCGCGGUCCAGCGACUAUUCAGCGGGCACGCAGGCUAGCAACUACUACCAACAAGACCAACAAUGGCCUGCAUACACUGAGCCAGACGCUCCUCCUCGUCCUCCUCGCAACUCGUAUUGGCAUCGGCAGGUCGCAGAGCUGCAAGAAGGGAGCAAUGACUCGCAGGCUGGAGACACGUACGCUUGGGCGUCAAAUGACCGGCCCAUCUCGUCUGCGACUGGUAUCAUCAGCCUGUAUGCGGGCGCCGAGGAGGGCUAUCGCAGGGGCAGCGACGGGUCAAUAGAGAGUGAGACGUCGACGCGAGUACCUUCAAGAAGAACGAGCAGCCGGCCGCUCCCUACUCUACCACAACACCACCAGCAGCAGCAACAUCACCAAGCGCACGUUGGAAUGGGCCUGCCUUCCUCCUCAGCGUCCGCCUUCCAGAACGGCCUUUCAAUACCCCAGCUCGAGCGAGGCCCUCACUCAAGAUCCGUGUCCCCGUAUGCCCCCGUAACUCAUGGCUCGGCUCCCUCUCCUCUGCCAUACUCGACAGACCCGUCACCUGGGCCACACACGCUUGUAACACCGCCGAUGCCGCAGAUGGACGAUGGCUACUUUGGCAACAGCGCAGCUACGUUGAGUCCGACGAGAAAUGGUGGUCCGCUCAAUGAGGGGCCGGCAUGGAGCCCAACGGCGUCUGCCUUUUCAUCGUCCUCAGCUCAAGCCUCGCCCGUUGCAAACGUCUUUCAGCCUAGCUUGCACCGUAGCCAGCACAGUCUUGGGGCAAUGUCCGCUUUGAGCUCGGAUAGUUGGGCCAGUGGGGAUGUAGAAGGCUCGAGUCGCAGAGCAGUCCCUCGUCUACGCGUUCAGUCUGAGGCAGCCAAUCCUCCUCCGACCAUCGCUGCCCGCUCGUCCUCAUCAAGAAAGGCGAGGGCACCACUGCCGCCCCUUCCUUCGCGUCCGUCACAAGCGUACGCGGAUGACGACGACCUCGUUACUCCCACAGACCGUCUAGCACCCUUUACCGCUCCAGGCGAUCACCGGCCGUCGAGCGUCAUGUCACACUCAUCUACUAUUAGGCCAUCCUACCCGCGUCAAGACAGCUGGACGACAAAUGCGGACGAGGGGCAGCGCGAGGAAAGGCAGCGUCAGCUUGGCGAGCAGACGGGACCCUUGUCGCGGCGUACGGAAAGACUCACUCGUACGACUUUUGUCGACUUCUGCCAGCUUUCUCACCUUGCCUUGCUGCUGCGCGACGCGAUACCUCGCGAGUCUCACGUCAAGGGAAGCAUCAGCUACCCGAACAGCUUCACAGGAAAGGAUCUGGUCAGUACCAUUCAAGAGCUGAUACCGCGUGGGCGGGUGGAAGCAGCUGCGGGUCUGGAAGGCGCUGGUCUGGAUGAGGCGCAGAAGCAACUCAAGAUUCGCCAGCUGGUGCUGGGCAUCGCGAGGAGCUUGAAAAGCCAGCUCUUCUUCCACGAGGUCGACUGGGGAGAUAGUGAGCUACAAGACGGUGUAGACGAGGUCUAUCUGUUCCUCGGAGACACGAUGGCGCAGAGUGAAAGCGCGGAACGGGGACCAUCAGGGGAUUUCUCUUUUGGACAGUCGAACCUCGACCUCUCCCUCAGCUACGACUCGUCGCCGCGCGACCAUCCAGUCUCAUCGAGCGGCGUUGAUGAGCUGCCCACGGGCGUUAUUGUCCAGCUGACGACCUGCUACUCGCCCUCGUGCGGGAGGGAGGGUGGAAUCCCAGGCACUGCGUGCUACUCCCCGUCAUGCCCUCGCUCAUCGAGGCCGCUUCUGCAGCGGACCGCAAGCGCGACGACGCCAGCAGUGGGACUCAAGACGGGGAUUGAGGCUGCGGGCAUGCCUGGCGCUGCCGGAGGUGUGGCUCAUAAGGCUUGGGCUGAGCUCGUCCCUCCAGAGGUUCUAGCAAGCCUGCCCAAGGCCGAGAUCACCCGCCAAAAUGCCAUCCUCGAGCACAUUCAAAAGGAGGAAGACUUCCUCGCCGACCUGCAGCUGCUAGAGAAUCUCUUCAUCAAGGGCCUCGAAAAGCCCAAUGCAAAUGGCGAUCCACCUCCCAUUGGGAUCGGUCCAGAGCGCGACGACUUCAUCCGCGAAGUCUUUGGGAACCACCGCGAGCUCGUCUCACACGUCAAGGCAUUCGUCGAGAAGCUGCACAUUCGUCAGCGCGAAGAGUCGCCCAUCAUCCGCUCCAUCGGAGACAUCUUCCUCGAUGCAGCCCUGGAGUGGCAAGAAGCUUUCGUCACAUACGUCUCGGCCUACCCCAUCGCUAAGUCCCGCAUCGGGCGCGAGCAGAGCAUCAACCCUCGCUUUCGCGACUUCCUCGAGGCGUGCCGUCGCGAGCCUGCGUGUCGACGCUUGGGGCUGGACAACUUUAUUCAUCGUGCCUUGCCGCACUUGCAGCGUCAUCCGCUCUUGCUGCAAACGAUCAUUGACAAGACGGAUGAGACAAAUCCUGACAGGGAGAGCUGUGUGAGGGCAAAGGAGGUCAUUGUGCAGCAGUGCAAGACGGCGGAUGUGACGAUUCAGGAGGCCCAGAUCAAGGCUAAGAUCAGGGGCUUCGCCUACAAUCUGCAGACCAAACGAAACAAGGCUGUGGUGGAUAUGGAUCUACUCAACCCUGAGCGACAGCUCAUGCACGAGGGCAGAGUGUAUCGGCGACCUGACUUUACGGAUCUGGACUGGACUGAGAUGCAGGCGGUGCUCUUUGACAACUACUUUAUGGUUACAAAGAUGAAGGCCAAGUCCGAUGGCGGCGCUGACGACUCUGCUGCAUUUGUGCUGGCUAAGCGGCCCAUUCCCGUUGAGAUGUUGGAGAUGUCCGGCUUUAACGAGCCGUCAGUCACCUUCGCCAUUGGACUCAAUGCUCUGCAUCUGCGCUCAGACCGCGAGUCUCGCUCCUUGUGGCCUUUCACCAUUCACCACCUGGGCGGCAAGCUCGAGCCCCUCACCCUCUUCGCCACAUCAAAGCAGCGUCGUCUCGAGUGGCGGACCAAGAUCGAGGAGGCAAAGGGUCUGCGCCAGUCGGUCGUCGAUGCGAACAAGGCCUUCGACACGGUGAACUUGUGCGAGUCCACCUUCGCGCUACCGACAGCGCUGAGCGGCUUGGACCCGGACAAGGCUCCCUCAGGUGUGGCAGACGCAAGCAUCUUCCACGGUCGUGUGACCUGCGCAGUUCCCUUCAGCAUGGCUGACCGGCGCAAGCUCAUGGCGCUAGGAUGCGCCGAUGGUGUCUGGAUCGGGCUGCGCAACGACCCUUCGUCGUUCCGCAAGGUGCUUCAUCUCAAGCUCGUGACUCAGUGCGCCGUACUCGAGGAGUUCGGCAUCUUCGUAGUGCUGGCGGACAAGGUUCUCAUCUCCUACAGUCUCGAGGCUCUCGUUCCAACCUCAACAGGUGGGGCUUCACAGGCACGUCCGCCGCAGAAGCUGAGCGGUAACCGCGGUGUCCUCUUUUUCGGUGUCGGUGUGCUCAAAGACCGCACCUUGCUCGUCUACAUGAAGAAGAAGGCAAACGAAUCGGUCUUCAAGGCCCUCGAACCCGUCGUCAACCAGCCCUCUGCUAACUCAGGCGGCAAGGGCGGUAAUCUGUUCAAUAAGAUCAAGAAUGACAUGAGCGGCAAAGGGGCCGACUGGUUCCGCAUGUACAAGGUCUUCUUCAUCCCGUCAGAGGCCUACAGCAUGCAGUUCCUCCGCAAUAAGCUUGCCGUCGUAUGCGCGCGCGGCUUCGAGAUCAUGAACCUCGACACCCUUCUGCCCGGUACGAUCCCGGACUUCUCACGCAGCCCACGCGAUGAUCCUCGCGUGCUCGCGUUGGCCAGGAGAGUGGAGACUUCCAAGCCUCUUGGCAUGUUCAAGCUCUCCGGCACGGACUCGGACUUCCUGCUCUGCUACGACGGAUUCGCCUGCUACGUGGACCGGUCUGGUGAGCCAAUCCGACUGGACAACGUCAUCGAGUGGGAGGGCACACCGCAGUCUGUAGCCUUUUGUGCGCCUUUUGUCCUCGCCUUCGACGCCCGCUUCAUCGAGGUUCGUGAAGCCUUCACCGGCAGGUUGGUGCAGAUGAUUCGUUCUCACGACCUGCGAUACGUUUCCAGCGCGAGUAUCGUGGAGGGGUCGCACGCAGAGCAUAGCAUCGUGUGCGUGCAGAGAACAAGGCCGGCCAAUCAGCCUGGGUCAGCAGCGGGGACGCCAGCUCAGUCCGCAUCAGGAGUCGCAGCAAGUGGGCCAGGACCGAGCCACUCGCUCAUGAACAGUUACGAUGUGCAGAACAUCUUCGAGCUGCUACCCACGGCGCCGUAUGCCGCUUCGCAGUUGGCUAGGAAAGGUACAACGGGAACGGCCAGUACAGGUUUGCUCUCCUUCUCGGGGACGAUGAGUAGCUCAAGGAGCAGUCGUGCCGGCGGUGGAGGUGGCGGAAGUACCAGCAGCAAGAUGCGUCGCUACUACGAGGAGGGGCCGAUGGCGGGCAGGGUUGGAAGCCCCGUAGAGCAGGGGCAGAAUGGUGGCGGGCCAUACGGCUACGAUGGGCAAGAAGCUCCAUAUCCUCAGCGCAGCCACUCGUCUGCGGCCAACCACCAGCAGCAGCAGUAUAGUCAGCAGCAGCAGAGGCAGCAGCAGCAGGGCUUUGCGACGAGGACGAUUCUAAAUGACCCGCCCGCUCCGGCUGGGUGGAUUUGAGGGAGGACGAGCAGAUGUCGCGAGGGAGAGAGGAGGAACAAGAACGUGGACAUGAGCGGGGCAUGGGCGCGAAGACGUUAUGUACUUUGAUACCCCUCCUGCUUCUUCACAGAAGCAACGAAUGUCAACUGAAGAUGCUAAUGCCCCCCAGCGCU